AUGACAAAGGCUUUAGAAGAGGCGUUGCGGCUCCGCGGAUAUCUGCUGCUGACACGCCCCCGAAGUCAGCACUGCGCCUACGCAUUAGGUCCUGUGACCAAAGGCUCGCCAAGUAGUUUGGGCCUGGCGGCCUCGCUCCCCGAAGCCAUCUCUGCGGGCAAGUCCUCGGAGCUGCCCGGCCACUGCUUGGCCCUCGCCCUGGCAAUAAAGGCUCGGCGGGGCUCCGGGGGCAGGAGGCUCCCCGAGUCAACUUUCAGCGGCAGCAGAGCCCCAGUCAGAGGCAAAUGGCGCUUAGCACGCACCCCGCUUUUUCCUAUCCCCACCCGUGGGCCUGUCCUCAGCUGCCCUCGACCUUUCGCACUCGUGACCGCCUGGCCAGGAAGCCUGGCGGGUUGGAGCAGGUUUCUGAUCUCCUGCAGCCUCUUCUUGCCCCGAGCUGCCCAGGUCUUAGCAGCUGAGGCUGGCUUACCUCCCAGCCGUUCCUUCAUGGGCUUUGCUGCCCCGUUCACCAACAAGCGAAAGGCUUAUUCGGAACGUAGGAUCAUGGGGUACUCAAUGCAGGAGAUGUACGAGGUGGUAUCCAAUGUCCAAGAGUAUCGCGAGUUUGUGCCCUGGUGUAAGAAGUCUCUGGUGGUAUCCAGCCGUAAGGGUCACCUGAAGGCCCAGUUGGAGGUUGGCUUUCCACCUGUCAUAGAACGUUAUACCUCUGCGGUUUCCAUGGUCAAACCUCACAUGGUCAAGGCUGUUUGCACUGAUGGUAAGCUCUUCAAUCACUUAGAGACCAUUUGGCGAUUCAGCCCUGGUAUCCCUGCCUACCCCCGAACUUGCACAGUGGACUUUUCGAUUUCCUUUGAAUUUCGUUCUCUGCUGCACUCCCAGCUGGCCACCAUGUUUUUUGAUGAGGUUGUCAAACAGAAUGUUGCUGCCUUCGAACGCCGGGCAGCCACCAAGUUUGGUCCAGAAACGGCCAUCCCCCGUGAACUGAUGUUCCAUGAGGUGCACCAGACAUGAGACAAAGGACUGUUCUCUAGCCUAUCCUAAUCUGCCCUCCUCCCCAUCUAAUUCUCUUAUUUAUUUGGUUUGGCUCCUGAUCUAAUGUAAGAGGAGUCUGUGUUCAGAAUACUGUUCCUACUCUUAAUACCCCAGAAAUUAGGCUCUAUACUAGCUGGAAAUGCUAGGAAAAGGCAGCAGAUACGGAAAUAACACACGCCUAGGAAAGGAUCAGGCUCAUCCUUACAGCUCUGUAUGCCUGCAGCCUUUUUACACUGAAUUAGAAUCAGGACUGUGUGGUUGUCUCUGGGCAUGUUAGGGAGGGCAUCUUAAUUCUGACCAGGGAAAGACAACAACUUCUCUAAGAACUUAAUAAAUUUAGCUUUUUCUCUGGUACAGAUGUUCUAGGUGGUAAAGAACUUUUGUCCUGAGAUUCCUCAGAAAGCAACCUGCCCCCAGCUUGAAAUCCAUGUAGCCUCACUUUGAAACUAUUUCCAUGCUGCCUGGCAAGAGAGCAAGGGCUUUCUUACCAUUAAUGCCAUAGGGCCAAGGAGAAAAAAAGCACUGAACAAAGUUGUGUUUGUACUCUUGGUUUGUACCUUAUUUCACUUGGCCUGAGUUUUUAUAAAAUUUCAAUAAACUGUGACAGUGUGCA